CUUUAUUGUCAUUUCAGAAAAAGCUGUCCACGGAAAAGAAAGGAUUUUUGUUUUUUGUUGUUUUAUUUUGUGCAAAACAAAAAAGUGAUUCUGUUUUAUUUUUAUGUUAGCUAAAUAUUUGUGCACGUUAUUUAUAUGUAAAACGCCUAAUUUAAACGCAACGAGAAUAGAAGAAGAAUUGCCUGCGGAAAAGUGAAAAACGGUCGAAUGCAACUAAAAAUUAAGUUCUUAGCUGAAAGGCAAGGUGAAAAAGUGACGGUGGAGCGACGACGUCGGUGAUCGAAAUUCAGUUAAAUAAAUCAAAGCAGCGGAUUUAAUAAUAAAGUUCUUGGUUUCAUUUGUGGGCAAUACGGUCGAGUCGUUGAAUAGAAUAAAUAAAAUAAAAACCGUUUAAAGUGGCAAGUGAUGGCAUUAGCGCGGAACUUAGCGGCCAAAAUAUAUGAGAUAAAAGCCCAUAAUGCGAAUGUGACAUGUCUCGGUCUUGGUGAAACCGGACGCGUCUUGGUUACUGGUGGCCAGGAUCGCACUAUUAAUUUAUGGGCCAUAGGACAGGAUGAAUGUUUUAUGUCUCUCACUAGUCACAACCGUCCUAUAGAUUGCGUGCGGUUUGCUUAUAAUGAUGAUUUCGUUUAUUCAGCCGAUGAUAUUGGUAUCAUUCGUCGAUGGGACCUGAACGCACAGACCAUAUGCUCUACGCUUAAUGGGCACAUGAAAAGUGUACGCACAUUGGACUUCAAUCCAUCAGGAGAAUAUGUAGUCUCCGGGAGUAAUGACACUACUGUCAGGAUGUUUAUUACAACUAUAGCUGUUUAUAUGAGCACAACGGUUCCACAAAAUAUCAAAGGAAGUAAAAUCGCUGGACGGCACACACCUACGAGAAAUAGUUUAAGGCACAGUAGAAUGCUUGUCGUCAACAAUAAAACUCAGCAAGGUGUUCAACAUCCAAAUCCAAUGAACUUUAAAUUUCCAAAUCUGGUUCGCUGGCUUUUGAUAUUGGAAAUUUUAAUUGGUUUAUUCGUAACAUUCCUAUCGAUUUGGGUGUUCUUUUUGACACCAAAUACGGCAAUACAAGAUAAUCCAUAUUGGAGCGGUUUAGCUCUACUACUUGCCGGUAUUCUUGGACUUGUGCUUGUACGUUAUAAGCGUAUAAAACGCAACAAGUUACGUGAAAAUUGCUUUAUUUUUCUGCGUGCCGAUUUAUAUAUCUUGUCAUUGCUGGCGGUGCUACUAUGUAUACUGGCCGUGAUUUGUGCCUCUAUGCACUAUGCGCGUCUUACUGCUUCUGACACAAAAUGUGAAGCCACACUUAUACUCCAGGAAGAAGGCUCAUGUACAUGUACAUUCCAUGCCGAUGAUGAAGCAUUAUCUGCAGUUAAUGCAGUAUCAAAUAAUGAAAGUGCGGUGCCUGAAACUGUUGAGAAUCGUAGUUAUAAAGUAGAAUAUAGAGAAUUGAGUUGUGACGAAGUCAGAGGCAAAUGGACUACGAUACUGGGACUUUCAAUUGCUUCUAAUACACUUGGGUUUAUAAUUGCAUUGGCUCUUAUCUUACUGCUUGCCUGUUACAGACAUAAUUCAAAACGUAUUUAUGCGUCCGUCCACACAAGUACCUUUUAACACAAUAACCAUUUUAUUUUAACAUGUUUUGUAUGUAAUGUAUUUGUAAUUUUUUUAGUAUUAUGAACAAAUGAAUUUAUGGGGGAUUAAACAAAAGCUCAAUCUGUACUUAAUUACGACAUUAAUUAGCAGAAUGUAAUUCGUUAGUACUUCGGUUAUCUC